AUGGUCUCGGAGUCUGCUGAUCUGGGCCAGGAGGAGGGCUGGUCGCCACUCGACCUGAACCGCGCACAGCGGGCCCACGACUCUGAGGAACAGACCCUGGGUCGCAGUCUGGACGUCAUCGAGCCCUCUGAGCUCUCUGCAGAGGGCUCCGGUUACUCCGAGGGCUCCGGUUCCUCUGAGGACGCCGAGGACAGUGCCGCCUCCGCCGAGGACGGUAAGACCUCUAACUCGUACCUCUCGCCCCUCUACGCCCCGGCUCCGGGCGGCUACGGCUCCGGCUCCGGCUACGGCUACGGGUACGGUCCAUCCAUCUACAUCCUGCCGAUCGUGCUGCCGCCGCCGGGAGGUCACGGCGGUCACCCGGUGGGCCGGCACGUGGUGACCGAGACGGGGCACCACGAGAGCCACCACUUCAGCGGCGACUACCGGCCCGUGUACGCCGGGUCGUAUGGAGUUCCCCCGAUCUACAUUCCCAAGGAGUACGGUGUGUACCACGGCGGACACGGAGCACACCCCGUGGGACACCCUGUAGGACACCCUGUAGGACACACCACGGUCCACCACGAGGACAAAACCAUCAUUCGGGACAUCAAGCCGCCAGUCUUCAAGGCCUGAGUGGACACCUUGUCUUCCCGACCCGCCAGUCUUCAAAUCCUGAGGGAACGUGGAGUCUACCGUCUUCUGUCAGUAGAACCUACCAGCUAACAUCUACCAGAAAUGACGAGAGUAUAAAACCAAAGACGGGUAGGUAUAAUGCGGAGAGAAGCUAGCGAGAAAUGGAAACUAGGCAAUAACCAAACCCGUGAAAUGAAUGCUACUGCAUGCAGAAAGCGUUACGGUAGUCGUCUGAACUAUUGUUAGAAGAUAGUCACCUCAUAAGGAUUGCGUCAUGACGCUUUUGUUGUUGUGAAUGUUGGCAGUCGCUACCGUUCCGUUUUCUUGCGUUGGCUGAAGUCGCAAUGCAGAACGUCUUUCAUGGUAUCUGUCUUUCAUGUCUUGUGUUGUGUUGUGUUGGUGUAGCGAAACGUGAGAAUUACAGCUUCUGAGCU